UGAAGGCGUACGUGGUUUUGACUGAGAGGGGAUAAUUUGCAAGAAGUUGGCGCGCGCGUUGGUUUCUGCACUUUUCCCGCCCACGUCGUGUCUGCCGAGUGUGGCGGAGGUCAUUUUUUCUCGGUCAGCAGAAGUUUCCAGGGAAACGACCCUCCUCGCAGUACCCGGUGGAAUGAGCGAGCGUUGGAUUCCUUGUUGACAUCCUCGAUGACAACUAAUCACCAUGAAUAUGCAAAUGUUUAUAACUGCUGGUGUUCUGGUACAUUGUGUGUUCCUGAUCUCCAUUUUUGACAUUUACUUCACCUCUCCUUUGGUCCAUGGAAUGACUCCUCAUCAGAUUCUGCUGCCACCCCCUGCCCAACGCUUAGUACUGUUUGUUGCAGAUGGUCUACGUGCAGAUUCGCUAUAUGGAUUGGAUGACAGUGGCAAUUCUAAUGCUCCUUACCUUAGGAAUAUCAUAACUUCAAAAGGGAGUUGGGGAGUAUCUCAUACUCGGGUCCCGACAGAAUCUAGACCUGGGCAUGUUGCUCUAAUAGCUGGAUUUUAUGAGGAUGUCAGUGCUGUUGCUAGAGGUUGGAAAGAAAAUCCAGUGGAAUUUGAUUCCAUGUUCAAUGAAAGUAAAUAUACUUGGAGCUGGGGAAGUCCAGAUAUUCUACCUAUGUUUGCUAAAGGUGCUACUGGAGAUCAUGUUUAUACCAAUUGCUAUAAAGCUGAAAGAGAGGACUUUGGAGCUGAAGAUGCCACCGUACUGGACACUUGGGUUUUUGACCAUGUUAAGGAUUUCUUCAGCUUGGCUAGAAACAAUGAAACACUGUUUUCUAAACUGCAUGAGCAAAAAAUCAUUUUCUUCCUGCACUUAUUAGGAUUAGAUACAAAUGGUCAUGCUCAUCGGCCUCAUUCAAGUGAAUAUAAGAACAAUAUCAGGAAAGUUGAUAAAGGUGUACAAGAAAUUGUUUCAUUGGUUGAGGACUUCUAUGGAAAUGAUGGCAACACAGCAUUUAUCUUAACUUCUGACCAUGGGAUGACAGACUGGGGGACUCAUGGGGCAAGUCAUCCAUCAGAAACAUUAACGCCCCUAAUUGCUUGGGGAGCAGGAAUCAAAUAUCCUCAGGCAGUUACCUCACAGCAAUAUGAAGAUACAUUUUUAAAAGAAUGGAAGCUGGAGACGUGGAUGCGGCAAGAUGUGAACCAGGCUGACAUUGCACCACUGAUGGCUUCUCUUAUUGGAGUUCCUUUCCCUCUGAACUCAGUGGGUGUUUUACCUCUUGAAUACUUGAAUAAUUCUGCCCAUUUUAAGGCAGAGAGCAUGUUUACCAAUGCUGUUCAGAUUCUUGAACAAUUUAAGGUUAAGAUGGCUCAGAAGAAGAAAACCACGUUAUCAUUCUUAUUUUCACCAUUCAAGCGUCUCUCUGAAUCAGAGCAAAUUGAUAUUCUGAGAAAAACAAGGUUAUCCAUUCAACACGAGAAAUAUGAGGAAGCUGUAUCCCUUUGUAGAAAGCUGAUUAACUUUGCUUUAGAUGGCCUCUCUUAUUACCAUACAUACGACAGAUUUUUCCUUGGCAUAAGUAUCACCAUGGGUUUUGUAGGCUGGACACUUUAUGUGAUUCUGAUUAUAAUAAAGUCAGAUACAAACAUGACCAGGAGUAUAUCAAAGAAUAAGGUACCUGACAGGCUUAUCCAGUAUGUGUUUUCAGCUAUUGGGAUUUUGAUAGCCAUUUUUCUCUUCAUUCAAAGCUUACCUUGGACCCACUACAUAUAUUGCCUAUUACCAGUCCCUGUAUGGUAUGCAGUUUUAAAAGAAUACCCUGUUAUCCAUGUGUUGAUCAGAUUUCUCUUGAAUGUUCAGCGGACUCAACUUGCUGGAUUCUUAGUAAUAUAUGCCGUGGCGAUUGAAAUAUUAGUUUUCUCCUUCUUCUAUCGUUCCACUCUCACCUUUGGCCUGAUUGCCUUUUCUAUGUGGCCUGUGGUCCUUCAGCUGUGGAUCCAAGCAAAGGCAAUGGUGCUAAGUUGGAUUCUUUUGUGUUUGCUCCUGGCAAUCUUCCCCUUGAUGCCUGUGGUAGGAAGAGAAUCAAAUAUCUCUUUAGUAACAACAGCUGGCUUGCUUAUUCUAUUGAUAGCUUUGUCCUACCUAGUGACAUUUUUUUGGAAGAGCAAAAAAAAAUAUUUGCAUCAUAAAGAUCUCAAAAUAUAUCUAUUUCAGUUGCUGAGUCUGGUGGCCUCGACAUACAUUGUGAACAGUACUCAUAGCAGUCUUCACAGCAAACAAGGAUUGCCUAUAAUAAAUCAGGUUAUCAGCUGGAUGACAUUAGUUUCAUCCUUGAUAGUGCCACUCCUGAGUCCCACUUUUCUGUUCCUGAGGCUGCUGAGCAUACUUCUUUCUUUGAUGUCAACUUACCUUCUCCUUAGCACUGGGUAUGAAGCUCUUUUCCCUCUGGCGUUGGCAUUGUUGAUGUUUGUGUGGAUAGACAUGGAGCAAGAAGCAAUCCAACAGUAUGGCAUUUCAUAUAAAUCUAAGCUUGCUGUUCUCAACUUUUCAUGCACUACGGAUAUGACCCAGUUUCGGCCACUUCACGCGGAUGAUAUCAGAAGAGCUUUUUUCUUUGUUUUCUUCAUAGUGACAGCCUUUUUUGGCACUGGAAAUAUAGCUUCUAUUAACAG